CUUUCUCUCUCUCUUUCUUUAAAUCAUCCAGAAGCGGCCGUCCCCCCCUGGGUGGGCUACAACGAAGAGGAGACCAUCCAGCAGCAGAUCCUGGCUCUGUCGGCUGACAAGCGGAACUUCCUGCGUGACCCCCCCGCCGGCGUCCAAUUCCACUUCGACAUGGAACAAAUGUACCCGCUGGCUGCCGUCAUGUUGGAGGAAGACCAACUCCUCAACCGCAUGCGUUUUGACCUGGUGCCCAAGCACGUGAAGGAGGAAGUGUUCUGGAGGAACUACUUCUACCGCGUGUCGCUGGUCAAGCAGUCGGCGCAGCUGACGGCGCUGGCGGCCCAACAGCAACAAAAGGACGGCGAGGAACGAGGGGCGGGCGUGUCUCCCGAGGGCGUGGUCUUAACGGACAACGUCAGGCCGAAAACGCCGCCUGUUUCCAUCAAUGACAUGCAGAAGCCUCCUCAUGAAGAAGACGAAGAGAUCUCCACGAGUCCCGGCGUCUCUGAGUUUGUGAGCGACGCAUUCGACUCGGCGGCCAUCGACCAGGAGGACCUGAGGAAGGAGAUGGAGCAGCUGGUGUUGGAUAAAGACGCCACUCCCGACGAGGAGCAGUCGGACUGGGAGAAGGAGCUGCAGCAGGAGCUGCAGGAGUACGAGGUGGUGGCCGAAUCGGACAACAAAGACGACCAGUGGGAUCAGGAGAUCGAGAAGAUGCUGCAGGCCGACGACGGCUAGAUGGGGACGCAUCGAUGGAGACGGACAUUUCCUUAAAACUUUGUCUUCGCCACAACUUUACCGAUGACAUCGUAGCAAGUGAGUACUGUAGGUCACCGCUAAUUGUGGGGGGGGGGGGGGGUCACCCUGCCCCCCCACCCUCCAC